GUUAGGCUGGUUGGUGGGAGCACAAGGUGCUCAGGUAGAGUGGAGGUCUACUACAACAGCCAGUGGGGCACUGUGUGUGAUGAUAGCUGGGACAUGAAAGAUGCACAGGUGGUGUGUAGACAGCUUGGAUGUGGAAGUGCUGCCUCUGCCCCCCCAAAAGCCCACUUUGGCAGAGGCAGUGGGAACAUCUGGAUGGAUGAGGUCCGCUGCUCUGGUUCUGAAGGAUCCCUUACAGAGUGCUCCCAUAGUGGAUUUGGAACACAUGACUGUAACCAUGGUGAAGAUGCUGGUGUAGCGUGCUCAGGAAAUGGUCAUGUCAGGCUGGUUCGUGGGAGCACAAGUUGCUCAGGUAGAGUGGAGGUCUACCAAAACAGCCAGUGGGGCACUGUGUGUGAUGAUUACUGGGACAUGAGUGAUGCACAGGUGGUGUGUAGACAGCUGGGAUGUGGAGGUGCUGUCUCUGCCCCCAAAGAAGCCCACUUUGGCCCGGGGAGUGGGAGCAUAUGGAUGGACAAUGUUGGCUGCUCUGGUUCUGAAGGAUCCCUUACAGAGUGCUCCCAUAGUGGCUUAGGAACACAUGACUGUGGCCAUGGUGAAGAUGCUGGUGUGGUGUGCUCAAGAGAUGCUGUUAGGCUGGUUGGUGGGAGCACAAGGUGCUCAGGUAGAGUGGAGGUCUACUACAACAGCCAGUGGGGCACUGUGUGUGACGAUAGCUGGGACACAAAUGAUGCAAAGGUGGUGUGCGGACAGCUGCGAUGUGGAAGAGCUGUCUCUGCCCCCAAUGCAGCCCACUUUGGCAGUGGCAGUGGGAAGAUCUGGAUGGAUGAUGUCAGCUGCUCUGGUUCUGAAGGAUCCCUUACAGAGUGCUCCCAUAGUGGAUUUGGAACACACAACUGCGGUCAUAAUGAAGAUGCUGGUGUGUUGUGCUCAAGGGAUGCUGUUAGGCUGGUUGGUGGGAGCACUAACUGCUCAGGUAGAGUGGAGGUCUACUACAACAGCCAGUGGGGCACUGUGUGUGAUGAUGACUGGGACAUGAGUGAUGCACAGGUGGUGUGCAGACAGCUGGGAUGUGGAGGUGCUGUCUCUGCCCCCAAAGAAGCCCAUUUUGGCAGUGGCAGUGGGAACAUCUGGAUGGACAAUGUUGGCUGCUCUGGUGCUGAAGAAUCCCUUACAGAGUGCUCCCAUAGUGGAUUUGGAACACAUAACUGUGGCCAUGGUGAAGAUGCUGGUGUGGUGUGCUCAGGUAACGGCACAAUAUUUGGUCCAGAGAUGGCCACCAUGAUGAAGCUCGGCACCAGGGUCAUGAGGGGUCAGGACUGGAAGUGGGACAACCAGGACGGAAUCCCUCCCGGUCUGGGCCGUGUGAUUAGUCCGCUGAGGGAGAGUGGGUGGAUCCGGGUGAGGUGGGAUGCUGGUAAUGAAAAUAUCUACCGUAUGGGCAGUUAUGGCAAAUAUGACCUCAAGAUAGUGGAGUUACUGCCCUCCACACAGCCACCUACACAGGCAGGCCACAAAGCCUUGUCUGGCCCAGAGAUGGCCGCCAUGAUGAAGAUCGGCACCAGGAUCAUGAGGGGUCAGGACUGGAAGUGGGAAAACCAGGAUGGAAUCCCUCCUGGUAUUGGCCGUGUGAUUGGUCAACUGAGUGCGAGGUGGAUUCGUGUGAGGUGGGACAACGGCCAUAUAAACUCGUACCGCAUGGGCCACGAGGGAAAAUACGACCUCAAGCUGGCCGAGCCACUGCCCUCUGCACUGCCCUCUACAGAGCCCCCUAUACGGCCCUCUGCACUGCCCUCUACACAGCCAGCCACCGGAGAUGCCGUUAGGCUGGUUGGUGGGAGCACUAAUUGCUCAGGUAGAGUGGAGGUCUACUACAACAGCCAGUGGGGCACUGUGUGUGAUGAUAGGUGGGGCAUGAGUGAUGCACAAGUGGUGUGUAGACAGCUGGGAUGUGGAAGUGCUGUCUCUGCCCCCAAAGGAGCCAGCUUUGGCACUGGCAGUGGGAACAUCUGGAUGGAUGAUGUCAACUGUACUGGUGCUGAAGGAUCCCUUACAGAGUGCUCCCAUAGUGGAUUUGGAACACAUAACUGUAACCAUCGUGAAGAUGCUGGUGUGGUAUGCUCAGGUAACAGCACAAUAUCUGGUGUAGUAAUAGCUGCCAUGAUGAAGAUCGGCACCAGGGUCAUGAGGGGUCAAGACUGGAAGUGGGGAAACCAGGACGGAAUCCCUCCCGGUCUGGGCCGUGUGAUUGGUCCGCUGAGGGUGAGCCAUGUGGUUCUUGUGAGGUGGGACAACGGCCAUAUACACACAUACCGCAUGGGCCACGAGGGAAAAUACGACCUCAAGCUGGCCGAGCCACUGCCCUCUGCACUGCCCUCUACAGAGCCAGCCACCGAUAACAGCACAAUUUCUGGUCCAGAGAUGGCCGCCAUGAUGAAGAUCGGCACCAGGGUCAUGAGGGGUCAGGACUGGAGGUGGGGAAACCAGGAUGGCACCCCGCCCGGUCUGGGCCGUGUUGAUCAACUGGGUGAGAGUGGCUGGAUCCAGGUGAGGUGGGACAACGGCCAUCAAUAUAAGUACCGCAUGGGCCGCGAGGGAAAAUACGACCUCAAGCUGGCCGAGCCACUGCCCUCUGCACUGCCCUCUGCACUGCCCUCUACACAGCCAGCCACCGGACAUGCUGUUAGGCUGGUUGGUGGGAGCACAAGGUGCUCAGGUACAGUGGAGGUCUACCACAACAGCCAGUGGGGCACUGUGUGUGAUGAUAACUGGGACAUGAGUGAUGCACAGGUGGUGUGUAGACAGCUGGGAUGUGGAGGUGCUGUCUCUGCCCCCAAUGAAGCCCACUUUGGCAGAGGCAGUGGGAACAUCUGGAUGGAUGAGGUCCACUGCUAUGGUUCUGAAGGAUCCCUUACAGAGUGCCCCCAUAGUGGCUUAGGAACACACAACUGUGACCAUGGUGAAGAUGCUGGUGUGGUGUGCUCAGAUUUGAGCAAUAAAGGAGUCCUUCCAACUAAAACUCAAGCUCCAACAGCUCCAGCCCCAUCAGAUACACAGAGUGAUCCUUGCCACGACUACACUGUGCUGAAUGAUCCCUGGAGGGCCACCACCAACCUGGACCAAUCAGUGCGCAGGUGUGACCGGGAUGUCCAGUGGCAGGGCUGGUACCUGAUGGUCUACCAGGAAGUGAGUGUGCGGAUGCCUAACGUUUGUGUGCCCAAGGAGCGCUGUGGUACUAAUGCACCCCUCUGGAUGAAGGGUUCUCACCCCCAACCAGAGGAUGGCAUUGUGACCAGGGAGGUGUGUGGACACUGGCAAAGCAACUGCUGCCACUUCAAAUCACCCCCCAUACAGGUUAAAGCUUGUCCUGGAAACUACACUGUUUACAAAUUUGAGAAAGCUACGACAUGUCAGUUGGCAUACUGUGCAGAUCUGAGCAAUAAAGGAGUCCUUCCAAAUAAAACUCCUGCUCCAACAACUCCAGAUGCUGUUAGGCUGGUUGGUGGGAACACUAAUUGCUCAGGUAGAGUGGAGGUCUACCACAACAACCAGUGGGGCACUGUGUGUGAUGAUAGCUGGGACAUGAGUGAUGCACAGGUGGUGUGUAGACAGCUGGGAUGUGGAGGUGCUGUGUCUGCUCCCAUUGAAGCACACUUUGGCAGUGGCAGUGGGAAGAUCUGGAUGGAUCAAGUCCGCUGCUCUGGUUCUGAAGGAUCCCUUUCAGAGUGCUCCCAUAGUGGCUUAGGAACACAUGACUGUCACCAUGGUGAAGAUGCUGGUGUGGUGUGCUCAGAUGCUGUUAGGCUGGUUGGUGGGAACACUAAUUGCUCAGGUAGAGUGGAGGUCUACCACAACAACCAGUGGGGCACUGUGUGUGAUGAUAGCUGGGACAUGAGUGAUGCACAGGUGGUGUGUAGACAGCUGGGAUGUGGAGGUGCUGUGUCUGCUCCCAUUGAAGCACACUUUGGCAGUGGCAGUGGGAAGAUCUGGAUGGAUCAAGUCCGCUGCUCUGGUUCUGAAGGAUCCCUUUCAGAGUGCUCCCAUAGUGGCUUAGGAACACAUGACUGUCACCAUGGUGAAGAUGCUGGUGUGGUGUGCUCAGUUCCCCUACCAAAACCAAUGCUUACCCUUCAAUCUGAAAGUAAUUCAUCUUGGGGUCAGCAAGUCCAGAUGAGCUGCUCCAUCUCCACUCAGUACCUGGGUGGGACAUUCACCCUACAGCAGCUCUCUGGGUCCUAUAGAGAGACAAAGGCAGCCUCAGGAACCUCUGCUGUUUUCACCAUCCGUCAGGUGGACUUUACCCAUGGAGGAUCCUACUACUGCCAGUAUCAAACACGAGUGUCUGGUCACAAUUUCACCUCCUCUCGCAGUGAUCCUGUCAGCUUCUCUGUAGAUGUGUCCCUGUCACAGCCCAUCAUCUCUGUGAGUGCCCCAGAGGGAGAGCUGGUCUUGGGGCCAAACGGCCCAGAGGUCCCCUGGGGCCAAAGCUUCUCCAUCGUCUGCUCCACCAAGCCACAGUACCAAGGAGGCUCUUUCCACCUCAUCUCUGAUGGGUCAGCGGAGAUCUGGACUGAGCAGGCGGUCAAUCACUCUGCCUCUUUCGACUUUCCUGAAGCAGACUUUUUCCAUGCAGGGAACUACAGCUGCUCCUAUGAGGUCACUCUGUCUGCACGUCUGUUCACCUCUGGAAAAACAGAUGAGCUUCACGUGAGCAUAAGAGCACUGACGUGGAUGGAGUGGUCUCACCAUGUAGCAUCUGUACAUCCCUCUGUGGUCUAUGUGGCAACACCUGGGCUGUUGCUCCUUGUGAUAGUCCUGUGCUCAGUGUUGCUGUUGAGGAUAAAGAAGACACAGCAUAUAUACGCGAUCAAUGAUCAGUACUGGCCGAUGACGUCAUUUGAAGUACCAAAACCAACAGAGCCAGUGAAGACAGAGCAGAUACCAUCUCAGCUGGAGGAAGACGUUGAAUGCGCAUCUUAAGCAGACCUCAGUAUAUAUGUGAGGGUAGCUAUCUGUGCUUUUGCUUCCAAGAUUUGUUGUGAUUGUGCCCCAUCUGUCUGAUGCUGUUUUUUUCUAUCUUUGUUUGUUUCUCUUUCUUUUUCAAAAAAUACUGAUAGAAAAAAUAAAAUGAAACUAAAUGAAAAGCAUAUAAAUCAUUCUAAAUUGGUGUCUGACAGCAAAGUGAGAUCUGUUUGUACCUUACACAGCUGGCUAUGAUAAUUGAAUACUACGCUGUCUCUAAAUCGUCAGUGCAUUGUUUCAGUGUUGUUCUUUUUGCUUACAAUAAAUGGAAGCUUUGAUACCAAAUAUAAA